CGAAUAAAACCAUCCAAGAUCCUUUCUUGAAUGUGUAGCAGUAGUUCAGUUAGCAAACCACCAAACCAAGAGCAUGCUAAUAAUAAUGUAUUUCUUAUUCUGGCUAUUUAAACUGUAGGCUAUUGUAUUCCAGUAUCAUUCACUUGACUUCACUAGACGAAGACAAACAAAAAAAAAUGUUCAAGCAAAUUAUCUUCGUAACCCUGCUCGCUGUCGCAGCAGCUAAGCCCGGCAUUCACUCUGUGGCUUACCCCGCUCCCGUGGUAGCAGCCCCCGUAGCAGCAGCCUACACCGCUCCCUUUGCGGCAGCCUAUACUGCGUACAGUGCUCCCGUUGCGGCCGCCUACACUGCACCCUUAGGAGCUGCUUACACCGCCCCCGUUGCAGCUGCAUACACUGCCCCCGUUGCGGCUGCAUACCCUGCCCGUGUAUCAGCUUAUACCGCACCGGUAGCCGCAGCCUACGCUUCACCAGUUGCUGCCGCCUACACCGCUCCAGUAGCCGCUGCCUAUCCUGCCUAUGCUUCUGCUUACACUGCUCCUCUUGCUGCAUACAGAGCACCCGUCCUCCUGAAAUGAGUCCUAAAAAAAUAAACGACGAUUAGACAUGAUUAAAGAUAUUAGCUAAA